AUGGAGGCGUCUGCGCUGGCCGGUGUUAUAGCCGCACUGCCGCAAUGCAUUGAAUCCGCAAGGCAACUUUAUGACCUUCGCACAAAGUACAAAGACGCCUCUGUGCUCAUCACAGCCAUCUACUCCGAGUCGCAGGUUGUCGCCGCCACCCUCUCUCAACUCCAAAACCUGCUCGAACACGAUACGCUCCGCAAGAAACCCGAAUUACUCGAGACGUUCGAUCGUGCACUAACAAAUUGUCGCGUCGUAUAUGCAUGUCUCGAUGAGGAGGUACGGGAGCUGGUCCUGAAGGCUGAGACGGAUGACCUGAAGUUCAGGGAUCGGGCAAAAUUUCUGUGGAAGGAAGAUACAUUCAAAGAGCUGCUCACUCAGAUCCGAGGGCAGCAAUCAGGCCUUAAUUUGUUGGUGCAAGGACUCCAAAUAGAAUCCAUUGCAGACAUCAAGAGACUGGUACAAGACAACAGCGUGACGCUUGAAAUGGCACUAAAAGGGACCAAGACUCUCCGACAGACGCAUCCAAAAGUCAAAGUACCAGAGUCGCUCUUCAACCGUCAAGACAUACAGGGUGAGGGUUCCGACAAUGAAUUACUCCAAUUGGAUACUGAAUUCGCAUUCGACGACGAUGUUGUCAAUUCCAAAGCCUAUCGUCGCGUCAUGGCAAUGGCCCUUUCACGCAGCAGGACUAGAGUGCUCGAUGAUCCAAAGACUGGGCCACGAGAAGAAGAAUCGACUGCUCUUGGGACCGUACGUCAAGACGACGAGAGUAAAGAUGCAUGUAGCACAAUCAUCCCUCUAACUUCGGGGGGCGAGGAUGCUGCAAACGUCACACCAGAAUCUGAUGCUAAGCCAGAGUCUGCAACUCAAGCCGCUCCUGCGAAUGAACACAGCGACCUUUUUGGUACUCUUGAGCGCGAUGUUCUUGCAUGCAUGCCUCCGGCUACAUCUAUAAACGUUCAGUCGACUCCGAAUCUGACGCUGACUAGUACUGGCAACCCAAGUGCUGGAAAACUAACUCCUUCACCGAUAACAUUGCCUAGUGGCAAAUACGACACUGUUGAACUGGAAGCGACACUCCCACCAUUACCUUCUCGUCAUCCAAGUAAUGACAGUUCUGCAGCAUCUACGCCCCAAAUGCGUUCGGUCUCGUCUGACAAUAGCAUGUACACUUCGGAUGCGCCCACCACCUUCUCCCAGCCAUCAGCAGGGUCAUUGUACACCAUACAUUCAGCCUCUGCGACGAGCCCAAACCUCCUGGCUCGACCUCUGCGGAAACCAUUGCCACCUGCGAGCAAAAGAUCAUAUAGCAAUCUCCGCGACAGAAUCGAUGCACCAUCUGAACACACACCUUCGAUCCCUGUACCACCAUUCCGCAACGCAGAGAUUCGCGCUAUAUGGAGUUUCCUCAUCGAUUCGGAAAGAAAAUAUAUCGACCGCAUGACAAAGUUCAAACGCAUAUUCUACGACCCCGUGAUAAGACAAUGGCCCAUCCUAGAGAAACACCUCAGCGCAAUCCUCAUCGGCGAACAACUCGCCAUCUGCCACGAGCACCAUAUCCUGCGCGCCCUGGACCAAAACCUUCUCUCCGCUCACCCUGAAACUACCUGCGAUCCCAGCGUUAUCGAAGCCUGGAUUCCAAAAGCCCAACAGCUAUACCGUGAAUACACCUGCAAAAUGCCCCACACAGCGUCGUCGUUACGGAAAGCACAAACUGCAGAUACGCGAUUCACACCGUUUAUCAAUACGCUUGGUCUCAGCUUCGUGUACUUUAACAGGGGCUGGGAAGACUACUUGCAGCUUCCGCGGCUGCAGCUGCAAUCCUACAGCGAUAAUCUGAUGAACAUGGUUGCCAUUGCAGAGACACUGACUACACCGGCGGCAAAGCAAGAGCUGGAGAGGCUACGAUGGGCGCUGCAGGCUGUGAAGGACUUCAACGCCUCGAUAGCCGUCCUGCACGAAGCAACGCAGGGCAAGGAAGACGUACAGAACGUGUACAAGCGGCUUCGCAUGGACAGUGACGAUUUGUCUAGCCUAUGUUUACUUGAUCCAAGCCGCAGAGUCAAGUAUCAGGGUGGCAUGGCGCUGAAAUAUCGAAGUCAAGGGCCAUGGAUUCCCAUUCACGCCGUGCUAUUCGACCACUGUUUUGUGUGGGGAAAAACAAAGAAGAGUAAAGGCGACGAAAUCCCGGUUACCGGCAAACCUGUUAUGCUUUCCGAUGUGGAAUUUUCGCUCCCAAACGAGAAGCACACGUUUCAGAAGGCGACGAUGCUGCACCAGAUUACGAGGGGAUCGGCCGUGUACUAUAUUAUCGUUAAGAAUAUUACUAUGGGGAGUAAACCAAGUCUCCUGGGCGUGUACAGUACAGAAGAGAGGGAUGUGUGGUUUAAUCAUCUCAUCACGGCAAAGUCCCGCGCGUCUACCCUUCCCAUACGGAAAAAUAUAUCAACGGAACGUUGA